AUGUCGACAGAAACGGCGCUCAACACCCUCGACCCCACACUUUUGAUGUCUCUGCUCAUGAAGUCGGCCUCUUCGAUUCACACACCUCCAGACACACACACGGACGGCUCCGAAUCGCCCGACUCGACCGCUUCGAAUUGUUCGGAGACGGGCGGUCCGCCGGCAAAAAGACGGCGAAAGCCAGAAAGUGAGUGAAAAGUUGUUUUAGCACCACCAGCAGCAGCCUAACUCAAUUAGCACACUUUCACUUUCUCACAGUUCUUCUGGGAAGAAGGCCCAUUGUUUACCGAAUACGUUCUUGAAGGGACCACAAAAGGCAUCAUUCCAUCUCGCUCCAUAAUCCCAAUCCCAUAGUCUUUGUGACGAAAAAAAAAACUUGCGGCGGGCAUCUGUUCUGCUCACUCCGUCAUCGUUGUUAUGCGGCAAAGUCACAAGUGAGCGCAGGCUACAACCCGUUUUGAUCUACUUGCUCGUUGCCACGUCAACUUGCAUUACAUUACAUUUGUAGCGUUUUGACUUGACUUGGUCAGAAUCGAGAGCAUGUUUUCGGCUUUCAAUAACUCGUGCCUUCUUCCCGUUUAUACACACCCGCGCGAGAAACCUCGCCCCGAUCUAGUGCUAGUUGAGUGAUAUUAGUACUUUUAUGUACAAAAGUGCUAGUUUUCGUGGCGGUCAAAAUCUAAAUAGAGCCUUCUGUGCAUGGCUCACCUAGUCGCGCGGCAGCUGCUCAAACAGUCAGUACUUCUCUUGCUCGAUGCAUGAUGGUCAGGUCCACUCGGUGCUGCUUCUCAGUUGACCACUCUUCCAAAUAUACACGUUCAAAGUUUGAACAGCCGCUCACUCGAUUUUGUCUCCUUCCAUCAAUCGUGACCUUUUCAUUCAUUUUCGACUCCAAGUUUCCGUUUCUCUCUCUCUCUCUCUCUUCACCCAAAAAGAGCGAACCCAUCUGUCGCCAGCUGUUCGUCAUUUUCUUGACGGUCAAGUCUGAAGACCGCCCGUGUUGGUAGCAGCAGCAGCAGCCACAUUCAAAGGAAAAGAACAACAAAAAAAAAAGUUUGUUUGAAUUAGGAAACGAUCGCCGUGGCGAGUGCUCUCCAACUGAUUAGCACCCAUAUUUUUUGCGGCGCCCUAAUUUCGGCCAAUUUCACACAGGCACUCAAAUUUGUGUGAAUAUCAAAUUUCCCGGUGCACAAGGGAAACAACGCAGAAAACCGAAAAAAAACGUUCCGAUGUUGGCGGCCUAAACAGUUUUUUAUUCGAUCACUUUAUCACACACACAAACGCAUCACCUUCGGGUCGAUUUACACCGUUUGGCGACCUGCCCUUCUUUCUCUAUCUCUUCUUCUUUUUUUUGUUCGCUUCGGCCGGCCUCGCUCCUUCUGAUUCAUUUUUUGCACAAACAAACCCUAAAAGUGCUCCUACUCUAACUCUUUUGAGUCUCAAAAGGGCACCGCUAAGUUGUGACUUCCUUCGCGCGGUUCCGGUCCUCUUUAAUUGUCCUCCGCACGCGGUUACAUCACUCGGAACACGGGCGGCCCCAUCUCAAAAGGUUCGCGUCGCCUCGGCUCAUUGGACACUUCCCCCCUCCGCUCAAUCAAAAGCUGCUGCUGCUGCCCUAUUGUAGUUUUUUUACCGCAAGUCUCUCUCUCUCUCUCUCUCUCUCUCCUAGUACUGCCUCAUUAAUUAUGCAUUCAUUCCUUUUUUGAGCGCACCGCUCUGGAACCUCUUAUGAUUUACCAUCAGACCUGGCAGAAGGAGGAAGGGCGGCGCAUAUGGUACGGGAUUAGAAAGAGUUUCGGGUUGACGAACACAUCGGACAGUUGUUAGCUAAUACAUUUCAUGAGCUGACAACUUUUUGAUAUCUCUGCAGGUAACUGAGAUUCAUAGGGCAACAAGGAUUACCGUACUUUGGAGCACUCACUGAAACGUGUCCGUACACCGUAAUCCAUGGGUGUUCUGUCACCUAAUGGACUACUACUUUCCUCAUCUCGAAUAUCGCCGUCGCAGUUGGGGGGGCAGAUGUUCAUUUCAUUCCUUCCCCCCUCCUCAACCUACUCAUUAUCUCCUAUUACAUGACCCACGUCAAUUCACCGCUCCCUGAUUACCUCGUGACUCGUUUUCAGCCAAAGACAUUGUGCGCGUCGCCGGCGAGUCUACCACCGCUUCGUGCUCCGCCUCCUCUUCCGAAUCCGUACACUCUGAAUCGGAAGCGCCGAACAAGGAGAACAACGACGACGAAGACGGCGACGAGAUGACUUGCGACACGAGCGCCCAGAAGAUUGUGGACGACGCCGAAGAGCAGGUGAGAGUUUUGGGGAGUACUGUGGGGCGGAUAAGAAUCUCGGAGAUCGAAACGCCAAUUAAUGCGCGUCCUUGGCUGGCUGCCGGUUCAAAACGAAGAGGAAGAGAAAAGACAGCUGAGGCGAGCACCUGUUCUUCAUGUUCUUCGUUCGUUCGCUCGCAAGUAUUACUCAAGUUUUUAUGCGAACAGCAUCUGAGAAAACAUCUGUCUUGCCCCCUUCCCUCGCCCAUAAAUGGACGACGACGACGUUCGUUCGUUCCUUUGAGAUACGCAUCUUCCAGAACGCUGCCGUCACCACCACCACUGCCACCGUCGUCGCCGCCACCGCCGCCGCCGGAACAGAUGUCGUCACGUCGUCGGCGGGCAUUCCGUCGUUCCUCUACUCGCAAUUUCUGGCACCGUCGUUCCAAAAGCAGCUGGAGAUCUUCACGGCCGGCCACGCGAUUGCCAACUCGGAGACGUCGCCGUCGGACGCCGACUCGUUGACUUCUUCGUCAGAUGCGCAGACGUCGUCGAAGGUGCGAAGUGUCAGAUGUCCAGGGGGCGUGCGCGUGAAUUUGCAUUUUGAGUGAAAGAGGAAUGGGAAAAAGAAUUGACACAUUUACAAAGAAAGAGUCAUUCACUUUUUGCAUAUUUAUGAACUGAACCGAACUGAGUUGGCGUGUUUUCUUUCAAAAUUUGAAAGUGGGGGCACAAGGGCUACUGUAGAGUUGUGUGGGGGGUUGGGACCAACUUUAAUUAUAUAGUUGGGAAUAACACCUUGUACGAGUCCAUAACAUGCUGAAGAAGGCAUUGCGUGACCAAUGACACCACCGAUUGUUAGUGGAAGAAGAAGAAGAAGAAGAAGAAGAAGGAAAUGAGUAGGGGGGGGGUCUGCAGUCGUCAUCUUCCAACUUUGAUGGAUUACUAUUAUUGUUUUUUUCCCCCAUCAUCAUGCCGAUCUACAGUGUUUUCCGUUUUCCAGAGCCCCCUCGACAUGUUGAUUCCCUCCUCGAGUCCGCCGCACUCGGAGCACUGCUCGCGCCCGACGACUCCCACCAAUCUCAGCGGGGAACUGUCGAUCUCGACGACGCCCACGAUGGACCCGUUCGCGACGUUCACCCCGAACGGCUCGAUCCCAUCACCGGGCACCGGAUACUCUUCGAGCAUUCGACGUGGUAUGACUUUUCAGUGAAAGUUGGGACUUGAAAACGUAGAAACAAAGAGACUCAGAAUCGUUUUUGGUUUGAUACUAACUCUCCCAAAUACUAACUCUUUUAUUAACACACUCACACACACACACACAGAACCAAUAAUCUGGUCCCGGAGAGUUGAAGUGGAGCGGCAUUGGGAUCUAAUCACAUUCUGUUUAAUUGUAUUAAGUUUCCCCCCGCCGCCGCCGCUCUCCUCUUCGCCUUCAUUCAUUUACUGAAAUAAUUCGAGCGGAGAGGGGGGGGGGGGGGUCUUCGGGAGCACUCGCACCUUCUACAACUAACAACUAAUCCUCUCUCCGCACACGACACACUCGCACCUCAUCAGCUGGCUGCAGCAGCAUUCUGAGUCCCAACUUUCAGAGGGAAAACUGGCGUGUCCGACGCCGGGAUGCGACGGAUCGGGCCAUCAGACCGGCCUCUACACCCAUCAUCGAAGCCUUUCCGGAUGCCCGCGACGACCGGACAAGAGUGUGAUUCAAAGUAAGUCGGGUGGGGGGUGGGGGGGGAGAGGGAAAUUGAGAAAGUGACGAAUGGCCGUCAUGCAUACAUUUCUGACUUUUGGCUGACUCUCAAGAUUUAUUAGGUUAAGCUUCAGCUUAGGUUCUCUUUUCCAUCGGUCCCACCUAAAAAGGGAACUUUAUUUGCAGUGCUCGCGCUGCGUCAAGAUACCGUACUCCGGUGCACAACUCCCGGCUGCUCGGGCAAAGGACACGUUAACGGAAACCGUACGUCGCACAGAAGUCUCUCCGGAUGUCCGAUCGCCCAUCAGGAGAAAUUGGCGCGCAAAGGACUGAAGGUGACGCCGCAGAGAACGAGGACUCCGCCCAAGGGACUGUGCAUCGGCGGCGGCGGUGGCGGAGAGGAGACGCCGUUGGAUUUGACGCUCACCGGACUGCCCGGAGGACUGUCUGCCCAGCAGUUGUUGGCUGCCGCUCAGGCCGGCCUCAUUCCGACCAGGUAAGACUUGAAGAAGAAGAAGAGAAUAGACGCUUAUGUGCUCAUUUCAGCCAAAUGAUGGAUGCUCUUCUCCAGCUCUCACAGCCACAACCACUCGCCAAACUCGAGGAGGAGUCGAAGAAGGAAAACGAAAUGGAAGUCGACGUGGAGACUUCUGAAGCCUGUCCGACGCUUGUCAAGGAAGAAUCAUCCGAUGCUGCACCAGUUGCUCCUGCUCCUGCUCCUGCCCCAGCGCCAGCCUCCGUGCCCUCCACACCGACAAAAGCCGCCCAGUUGUCUGUCGAGAAGCUCACUUGCUCGCCUACGACGUCAUCCGCCCAGAUGCUCCUUCAGAUGCCCGCUCUCUCGGACGCCCUUUUCAAAAUGAGCGCGGCGGCUUCUGCUUCUGCUCCGGCUCCGGCUCUCGCCGCCUCCAAUUCGUUUGCCCAAUACGCGCCGCAAGCGUUAUUCGGCGGUCAGAAUUCGAUUCUCGCUCAACUGAUGUUCGCGCAGUUUCAGCAAGGAUUCUAA